CUGAGAGAACCGAAGACCCUAAAAUCCCAAAUUACUCGGCCGCUUACCUCUCUCUCUCUCUCUCUCUCUAAAACCGCCUUAGUGCCUUACCCUCUUUGAGGCCCCGAUUUCCUGUCAUCUCACCUUUCUUCUUGUCAGACUCGCGGCAGCAAUUGGUCUGCCCCGGACCUUCGCGCUUCAGAUUUCAUAGCCUUUCCUAAUAGCACGUACGGAUCCAAUAACCAGGUAUAAGGGCAAUGUUGGGAAGAGGGGGGGUUUCGGACGGGUACGAGGUCGGCUCAAAGAGACAAAGAAUGAUGGAAUCAAAUCCCUACUUCGCAGUGAGCAGCAGUGCAAGUGGCUUUCAACCUUACAGCUAUGGGGGUGUCUAUCAGCCCCCUCCAUUUCCUGUGGUUCGUUUGAGGGGGCUUCCUUUCAACUGCACUGAUAUUGACGUUUUCAAAUUUUUCGCUGGAUUGGAUAUUGUUGAUGUGUUUCUGGUCAACAAGAAUGGACGGUUUUCAGGCGAGGCCUUCGUCGUCUUUGCUGGCUCGGUGCAGGUUGACUUUGCUCUCCGGAGAGACCGCCAGAACAUGGGCCGCAGGUAUGUGGAAGUUUUCAGGUGCAAGAGGCAGGAUUAUUACAAUGCUGUUGCAGCCGAGGUGAACUAUGAAGGAAUCUAUGAUACUGACUAUCACAGAAGCCCUCCUCCAUCGCGACCAAAGAGGUUCAGUGACAAGGACCAGAUGGAAUACACCGAAAUAUUGAAGAUGCGUGGCCUUCCCUUCUCUGUGACAAAAUCAGACAUUACUGAGUUCUUUGCAGAGUUCAAGCUUAUAGAAGAAAGGAUUCAUAUUGCCUGUCGACCUGAUGGGAAAGCUACCGGAGAGGCAUUUGUGGAGUUUUCCUCUGCAGAGGAGGCUAAAAAAGCAAUGAGCAAGGACAAGAUGACCAUCGGGUCAAGGUAUGUGGAGCUGUUUCCAUCAACACCGGGUGAAGCUAGGCGUGCUGAAUCGAUGUCCAGGCAGUGAUUCUUGUGGCUAGGAAACUAUGUUUGUGAAAUUUGAGUCGGGUGUUAAAUCCCUUCUUUUUUCUUUUUA